UGUCCUACAGCCUCUUCAGAAGCGAUGAAAGCACGAAGAAGCAUCUUAGGAGUUCCUGUCUGCCUAACAAUCUUCUUCCUCCAGGGUUCAAAGGCAGUCGCAGUGUCUCCGCCAGAUGCCCCCAUGGGCUCAGGCCUGUGGCUGUGCCAGCCCGCCCCCCGGUGUGGGGACCAGGUCUACGACCCCUCCCAACACUGCUGUCAUGACGACACCAUCCUGCCCCUGAAGCAGAAGCGUCAAUGUGGCCCCAACUGCACCUUCUGGCCCUGCCUGGAGCUCUGCUGUCCCGAGUCCUUCGGCCGCCAGAGGUUUGUUGUGAGGUUGAAGGUCCCGGGUACCCAGUCCCAGUGCCCUUCAUCGCCCAUCUCCAGGAUCUGCCCCAGCUGAAGAAAACCUUUCUAGACGAGCUCCUUAUGAAAACGGAUGUGAGGGGCACCUGGGUGGCACAAAGU